UAUAAAAUAAGCUUUGAACGAUUAUCUGAAAAUAUUAACCUUGAUGUUGAAAUGAUUAACCUUAAUGUUGAAACAAUUUACCUUGAUGCUGAAACAAGUUUUAACAUUGAUAUUGAUAAAAGCCAAGUUAAUAAUUCUUUUGAUCUUUUAAAUGAAAUAAAUAAUAGUUACAUAACUUUACAUAAAGAACCAAUAGUUUCUAUUAGUGAUAAUCAAGUCAUGAUACUAGUUGGGCAAACUUUUGCAGAUUGGAAUAAUAUAGUAAUUUGUUGGACAAAAGAUAAAUAUUGUAUAAGACAUACUCACUUAGAACACAACUAUCCUAUGGACACUGCAAUAGUUGUGUUUGAUUCUAGUUAUUGGAAACUAAGUCAUAAUAAAAAUGCUCAUAUUCAAAUGCUUUAUGAUAGUGGCAUCCCAGUUCCUACAAUUACUGCAGAGCUAUUAAACAAUCUAAAUACUAAUAAUGAAUAUCGAGUUACUUAUUUGGUUAAUAAUAAGAAACUUCAUUGCUUGUUUUUUACAAUCCGUAUAGCACUUUCAACAUUUAAUUAUUAUCCUGAAAUUUUAUUAUUAGAUUCUACCUAUAAAACAAAUAACAGUGAAUUUUGUUGGGCAUUCCAUCAAUUAAAGGAAAUAAUUGAAGAUAAAAUGUUUUAUAACAUACGAACAAUAGUAAUUGAUAGUGAUUCUGCACUUAUAUCUGCAGUACGAACUGAGAUGUCACAUGCCAAACAUCAAUUAUGUGAUUGUUUAUUAGAUAAAUAUCCUGAGGCAUAUAGUUAUAUGGUAGAGCAAUGGAAACCAUAUAAAGCUACUAAUGUGCAUUUAAAACGUUUACUUGGUCAUAUGACACCUCUACCUGAUAUUCAUCAACAGUGUCCUGAAUUUCUAAAAGAAGUUUCAAUAAUUAUUUCAGAUUUUGUAUAUGCUUUAUUAUUAGAGCAAUAUACUAUGAUUAAUAAUUAUGAUAUUAAAAAGCAAGAAGCUGGUUUGCUCCAUGUUUAUUACAAUGAACAUCAUGAACAUACAAUUUAUCAAGUUAAUAAUUCAUAUAUAUGUUUCUGUGAUUAUAAUACACAAUUUGCUUUACCAUGUCGACAUGUUCUUGCUGUUCAUGUUAUUAAUAAAAAAAGUUUAAAUGUUGAUUAUAUUGGUCUUUGUUGGAUAAUUACAUCAGUAAGAUUUACUGUAUCUGAAAAACAAAGUAACAAUUUUAUUAAUAACAAUGAAUUUACUACCAUGUCCAAUCAUAUAAUUCAUGAUAUAUCCUCUGACAAACAAAAGUCUACUAAAAACACUAUAGAUUUAAUUAAAGAUAUUGAAUCUAUCUCUAAUCGAGUUGGUCAUAUUGAAAUCAAUAAUACAGUUGCUCUUUUUGUAGAACAAUUAAAAAACAAAUAUCCAUUAUCACAAGAUGAUAUUAGAGAUCCUAUUAUUGCAAAGACAAAAGGAAGGCCAAGUAAUACUAAACGCAAAAAGAUAGGUGCUGAGCAUGCUACUAAAAAACUUUAUGUGUGUAGUAUUUGUAGCAACAAUGGACACAACUCCAGAAGUUGCCCAAGCAAGAGCAAG